AUUUUUUUUUUUUUUUUUUUUUUUUUUGAGACGGAGUCUUGCUCUUUCGCCCAGGCUGGAGUGCAGUGGCGCAAUCUCGGCUCACUGCAAGCUCCGCCUCCCGGGUUCACGCCAUUCUCCUGCCUCAGCCUCUCCGAGUAGCUGGGACUACAGGCGCCCGCCACCACGCCCGGCUAAUUUUUUGUAUUUUUUUAGUAGAGACGGGGUUUCACCGUGGUCUCGAUUUCCUGACCUCGUGAUCCGCCCGCCUCGGCCUCCCAAAGUGCUGGGAUUACAAGCGUGAGCCACCGCGCCCGGCGCUAAUUUUGUAUUUUUAGUAGAGAUGGGGUUUCACCAUGUUGUCCAGGCUGGUCUUGAACUCCUGACCUCAGGUGAUCCUCCCGUCUCGGCCUCCCAAAGUGUUGGAAUUACAGGCGUGAUCCACCGCACCCGGCCUAUUUUAUUUUUUGAGACAGGGUCACACUCUGUCGUCCCGGCUGGAAUGCAGUGAUGCGAUCACCGCCCACUGCAGUCUCGACCUCUGGGCUCAAGCAAUCCUCCCCGCCCAGCCUGCUGAGUAGCGACCGCCACCACGCCCAGCUAAUUUUUAUUUUUAUUUGUAGAGACGGCGUCUCUCUAAGAUGCCCAGGCUGGUGGCUGAUGUCCAAGUCCUGAGCUGAAGCGAUCCUCCCCGGCCUUGGCCUCCCCGCCUCCUAAAGCGCCAGGUAUGAGCCACCGCGCCUGACCUACAAGUGCAUUUUAAUGAAAGUAUUAUUAAUGUCUUUGCCUGAAGAAAUUCGCUUUUAAAUUGUGGCUUAUCUUUCACCCAGAAAUCAAAGCACAAUUCAGCCCCGAGGCGGGGGCGGUAGGAGCUGGGCGGGGCGGGGGCAGGGAAAGACCAGGAGCAGAGAUUCAAAGAGUUAAGAGGGCAAAAUAUGCACAAUGCAUCUUCACAGGUAAGAGCCUGGCCAGGCUCCUGUUUUAAUGGCUUCCUCCUGAAGAAGAUUCAGCAGAGUGUAAGAUAUUUUCGGAAAGUAGGGCAUUUUGAAAGUAUUUCAUAAUCUCUCAAAACCGGAGCCUGCUCCUGUCCCACCUCGUUAGAGAAAACAGCGAUGCUCAAAGGCAACCUCCUUCCUGACACUGCCUGGUAGGACGCGACGUGGUAGUUGCCCGAGCGGAAUGCGGACGCAAGGCUGCUCCUAAGUCUCGGGGACGCGCCAUCCCCAUUUCCGCUCGCGGAGGCGUAGGGUCUGGGCGCGGGACCCCAGUCGACCUUGACUGGCGGCGCGACCUUGAGGCCUGCGUUCGCCUCAGUUGCCCCCUCUGUGCAAUGGGGAGACGCGCCUCAUCGCUUGACAACGGCCGAAGAGCCGCCGCGCUUCCGUCUCCCGCGUGCGCGCGCGCCAUGCUGCCCACCCCCGUUCCGCACUGACCCUCCCCCGUGCCCCGCGUCCCGUACUGCCGCCCCGCCCCGAGUCCCAUGCCGCAGCCACCGCGACGGAGCCCGCGGGCGGGAACCUGCCUCCGCGCGUUAGCACGCACGCGCGCCUCUCGUGUCGUCCCCACCAGCGCCGGCUUCCGUCUGUAGGCCAGAUGCACUGUCACUCUGGCGAAGUCGCAGACGCGAUUGGCCAGGACGCAGGCGCGAGACCGGGCUGCGGGCGGGGCCGAACGUGGUAUAAAAGGGGCGGGAGGCCAGGCUCGUGCCGCUUUGCAGACGCCGCCGCCGAGGAAAACUGUGUACUGUUAGCCAUGGUCAACCCCACCGUGUUCUUCGACAUUGCCGUCGACGGCGAGCCCUUGGGCCGCGUCUCCUUUGAGCUGUUUGCAGACAAGGUCCCAAAGACAGCAGAAAAUUUUCGUGCUCUGAGCACUGGAGAGAAAGGAUUUGGUUAUAAGGGUUCCUGCUUUCACAGAAUUAUUCCAGGGUUUAUGUGUCAGGGUGGUGACUUCACACGCCAUAAUGGCACUGGUGGCAAGUCCAUCUAUGGGGAGAAAUUUGAAGAUGAGAACUUCAUCCUAAAGCAUACAGGUCCUGGCAUCUUGUCCAUGGCAAAUGCUGGACCCAACACAAAUGGUUCCCAGUUUUUCAUCUGCACUGCCAAGACUGAGUGGUUGGAUGGCAAGCAUGUGGUCUUUGGCAAAGUGAAAGAAGGCAUGAAUAUUGUGGAGGCCAUGGAGCGCUUUGGGUCCAGGAAUGGCAAGACCAGCAAGAAGAUCACCAUUGCUGACUGUGGACAACUCGAAUAAGUUUGACUUGUGUUUUAUCUUAACCACCAGACCAUUCCUUCUGUAGCUCAGGAGAGCACCCCUCCACCCCAUUUGCUCGCAGUAUCCUAGAAUCUUUGUGCUCUCGCUGCAGUUCCUUUUGGGUUCCAUGUUUUCCUUGUUCCCUCCCAUGCCUAGCUGGAUUGCAGAGUUAAGUUUAUGAUUAUGAAAUAAAAACUAAAUAACAA